GCUCAGGAGCGAAUUGCCCAUCUCUAAUCAUUAGUAGUUCGAUCUUUGCCGUGAUCGGUUGUGUUUUGUUUUCAGUUUGCGAUUUUCCGUCUUCUUGUUCCGCGCUCGGUUGUGUAGUAACAACAUAUACAUAAUCGUUCAUGGCGUGUCAAAAGUGAAGAAAACUUUCACCCCCCCGAUUUGGCUACUCGUUAUUAGGAUUGGAUCUUCGGGUUCAUCUUGUGAAUUUGGAUCCAGUUUCGUUGGAUUAUUUGAUCCUUCUAAGGAAAUGUUUUUCAACUAGUGAACGGAUGUACUUAGCCGUAAUUCAAAGUGCUUAGAAUCGAAACGAGACCUCGAUUGAUUUGUUGUGAUUAUUUCGUGCUCAUCAAAGUGUUCAACAACAUCGUACAAAUCCUCCGCAGUUCAAGUGUUUCGUGAUAAGAGAAAGUUGUCCAUAGGCAUUGGAAGAUGAUAAUGAUGAAUCACAAUUAAUUGAAUGGUGCUGUGGAAGUGAAUCUCUGAACAUUCCACCACCAGUGUAGGUCCAGUGAACCGAAAAUCGAAAAAGAGAAGCGCUAAAACAAGUUGCAUGUGGCCUACUUGAGCGACCAAUUUUUUUUCGAUUGGAAUUCCACCGCGCUUGUCGUCGGUUAUUCGUCGCCCGUUGUGUGUGUGUGUGUGUGUGUGUUCGAAUUACUACCCUCAAAUAUGGAAUCCCUCAAAAACAGCGAUAGUAAAACCAAGGAAGUAGCGCCGGCGGCGUCCAACACCGCGGCCGUGGCGAUUUCCUCUGCGACAGUCGUUAGGACUGAAGCAGCCAGGAAGAAUUUGGAUUUCAUUGCGAAGAACCUGCUCGCUGGCGGUAUUGCCGGGAUGUGCUCCAAAACGGCCGUCGCUCCACUGGACCGAAUAAAGAUUCUCCUACAGGCACACUCAAUUCACUACAAACACCUCGGAGUGUUCAGUGGGUUGAAGCAUAUAGUCAAAAAGGAAUCCUUCUUUGCACUGUAUAAAGGAAACGGUGCUCAGAUGGUACGGAUAUUUCCAUAUGCCGCGACACAGUUUACCGCGUUCGAAAUUUAUAAGAAGUAUCUAGGGAAAAUUUUAGGACCCAGUUUACCGAUCAAACACUCGGACAAGUUCGUCGCCGGUGCUGGGGCUGGUGUAACCGCCGUUACACUAACCUACCCAUUGGAUACGAUCCGUGCCCGACUAGCAUUCCAGGUUACCGGUGAGCAUCGGUACAACGGCAUUUUGCAUACGGCCAGUACCAUUUUUAAGACUGAAGGGGGCGUCCGAGCACUGUACCGAGGCUUCGUACCCACCCUGAUGGGUAUGGUUCCAUAUGCUGGUUUUUCGUUCUACUGCUUCGAAAUGCUUAAGUUCGUGUGUAUGAAGUAUGCCCCCCAGCUGACGUGUGAUGAGUGCGAAAGGAACACAGGUGGCCUUGUAUUGUCAGUACCGGCCAAAUUGUUGUGUGGUGGAUUCGCCGGUGCGGUGGCACAAUCCUUCUCCUACCCGCUGGACGUGACUCGGAGGCGGAUGCAGCUAGCCAUGAUGAACCCCGAGACAGCUAAGUUUGGCAUGGGCAUGUUUCGCACCUUGGCCAUCAUCUACAAGGAGAACGGAAUCAUCAAGGGCCUGUACCGGGGCAUGUCGAUCAAUUAUCUUCGCGCUAUCCCGAUGGUGGCCGUCUCCUUCAGUACCUACGAAUUGAUGAAACAAACGCUAAACCUGGAUACGGGGAUGAAGGUUUGAGUUACGGCUCCCGGAAGGAUGUUGUGCGUAUGAAAGUGCGUGAUUGUGAAGAACGAGAUUUAUAGAUUAUUGUAAUUUCCAUACGUUUGUAACGGAAGAAGGGCAUUUCUGAGCCAAUAAGAUUAUGCAUAGAUUAGAUUUAGUUUGUUAACUAAGACGAACAAUGACACCUCUAGGUCAUCGGAUAAUCCAGCUGUACGCAGUGCACCUGGACUCGAUUGUAAGUCCCGUAAAUAAAGUCAGAUAUUAGCGGUUUAUGUUGAAAUUGAAAAAGAAAAUUAUUGGCAUAGUUUUUGAAAGUAUAAAUAAAACAGAAUAUGUUUGUAUUCAAUAUUGGUUUUAGUUUCUAUCCAACAUUGUAUUUAUUUUAUUGUAUUUCUUUCAUCGUGAACGUAGUAAAGCUGUGUAAAAUGGAAAUUCUAUUUCUUUAAGUAUUAGCAGACAAUGGUGUAGGUGCAAUUUGAAUGUAGCAAAAAAGGUACUUAAAUUGGUUUUCAUAUUGCUUUAGCGGGCACUAGCGGGAAACAAAAUUAGAUCUUCGAUCUUUAUCUGUUUUAUUGGAUAAGGUAAUCAAUUAGAAGACACUAAAACAAAAUAAUUCUACGGUCAGCUUAAGCGCGAAUCAGCAUGACAGGCUAGAUAGCUAAUGGGGAGGAUUAUCAUCGGGAGAACAGUUUUUUAUAAAGUAUAGAAUCAAAUGUAUACAAGGAAGUUAUGGAAUAAAAUGGCAACUAUUCUUGUUA